CCUCGUGGCUCGGUUUGUCGCGUUACACAGUUUUUCGGAACUGCAAAUUCCGGAUUUUCACUUUCUUUUCAUCCCGGUCCUGUCGAGACUCCCGAACACCUGGGCGGCGUCCUUUCACGCGUGCAGAUUUUCGCGAAAAAAAAACGCGCUUCGUCGACAGCCAAAAGUGCGCUUCUCAAUCUGGCUGUCGAGUCUUUGCCUUUCUCUUUUUUGCUCGUCUCGUCUCCUCAAAAAACAGCCGGUGUCUCUUGCAAAGGAAGCUCUUCGCUUGCGUGGAAAUGCAGGCAGAAGAACUGCGCCUCUGAGCUACUUUUCUGGCGAGUGUGUUUAGCUCUUUUUCGCGCCUUUUCCGCGAAUUGCCCUGCUCUCGCACUCUCUUUUCCGUCCGAUCUUGGCGUUUAUUUUCGACUUUCCGGGUCAUCUAUUCAUACCUUUCUUCGCUUUCGUCUCCGAAAACACGCCGGGCCUCGAGGCACAGCUUCGACAGCUUUUUUCCGCCUUUAUCGAGACUUCCUGCAAAGAAAACUCCCAGUUUUGUUUCAAUAUCGCUCCAGUUUUCGGGAUUUCUUGCACAAACAAAGGACUCCUUCGAUCGUCAGUGCCGCGCUCUCGCCGGACGUGUCUAGGUCCCGUUUCGUGAGCUGCCGGCUGCCGUGCACAGAACUUUCGAAUGCACGAAAAGUCUAGAGUUUUGACGGCUAUGGUCUCGAGGAAAAAAACUGUUGGUAAACAUUUCCCGGAUCUAAAUGUCGUCCACUCCCAGGGAACUCUGUCUUUUGCUUGUGAGUCUCUGCACCUCGUUUUCACUCGACGCCGAGCGUGUCUCUCACCGCCAUAGAUGACCCACUUGCUGCAAAGACCGGGAAGACAGCCUCCAUGCUCUCUUGUGUCUCUUCGCAACCUUCCUUUGUAAAAGAUAGUGGACAAGCGGAUUUUCAGUCCGCAGUGACUUUGUUCUGGAACUCUCGUCACGCGACACUCCUUCUGAGCUCUAUUGCGUUUUUUUUCGUAGAAACAAUCCUGGAUUUUCCUCCCGUCUGGCACACACACCAGACACGGAGCUCUUUCUCUCGCUGAACGCAUGGAAACACACGAAACUCCGAUGCCUCCUGUCUCCGUCUACCACGGCUGACAUGGAUAUAUUGGUAGCCCGAUAUUCACAUGCAGAGACAUGCAUGGGUUACUGGGUGAAGGUAUAUAUAUAUGUAUAUAUAUAAUAUGCAUAUAUAUAUAUAUAUCGGUGUCCCUGAUACCGUUUCUGGGAUGUGAGGAUUGAUUUCGCUGCUCUGAGAAACAGCAACGGGUUUCUCGUUCCUCCGUUUCUCUGUCGACAGCUCGUUGCCUUUUUUCCGUCUCUCAGGACCCGCUUGCUUUCCAGCUUAACUCUCAUGCACUCAACAUCAUGGCCUCCGCAAGAAAAUUGAAGUUCUAGAUUCUCUUCGCUCCUGUGGUCUGUGGUAUUUUGAGAGAAGAACGUUUCCAGUGCGUAGCUUCAGACAGACAGAGAAAAGGAACUCUGCACUUUUUUAGUUCGUCGAACUCCCCGUGUCUUCACCUUGUCCCCCUGCCCCUUCACGAGGUUCUGUCUGUUUGACUUUCCUCUUUCGUCGUGUUUUUCCUUCGUUUGCGCUUCGCUCUUUCUCCUUCCUAUUCUCCCUUUUCUCGUUGCUUCCGUCUUUGGUUUUUUCGCUCUUCCUCCGUAUUUCUUGUGUUUCUUCCGAUCGGAAGCUCGCUGAGAGGCCGAGCCAUGUCGCUGGCGUCGGCGUCUUUAUUUUUUUUCCAAUUUUGUGUCCUGAGUGGAGAAUCGAAGCGUUUUCCAGCGACCUACUUGAACCCUGCUGCCGGGCUGUUCUCUUCUUCGUCCACUAAACCGACACAGCUUUGACCCCAACGACUUUCGAGCUCAUCCCCGCUCCGGAAGAAUCCUGGGCGUUUCCUUGAGGCCCCGAAGAUCGACGGGACGGAGAGGCGUUCAGACUGGUGCAGAUUUCUCACCCACUUCGUAGUUGACAGACUUCGCGUCUCCACAGGGUCGACACUUGCAGAAAACGUCGUUGUGUGGUGGUUUUUUGGGGAAAUCCUGCGGCAAAGCUAUGGUUUUGGACUCGCGAGCGUCUCUCAACAACGAGCUUCGGGGUGCCAGAUUUCCUCUCAGGGCCUCUUCCAUAAGACAGUCACGUUUCUCUGUGCCUCACCCGGGCAAGAGCUGAAGCGACGGAAGCCUGUCUCCAGCUUCGGAGGUCACCUCAGUCAGGAGAAGAUGGAGAAGGCGAAGGUUUUUCGAACGGUGGAGAAGCAGCACGAGGAAGAGUACGCUGCAGUUCAGCGCUCCUCCGGUGUCGACUGCGUCCCGGGGAAGUACCUGCCUUCCGCCGGCCCGAAGGAGCCGCCUCACACGAACAUGUUCGACUGCGCCGUCGCCGCAGAUUCCCCGCGCGGGAGCUCUUUGGACGUCGUUGGAGGCCUCCGUUGCGGAGCGGCUCGUGGACAUGGCCGCUGCAUGGGCGACGGCGCCGAGACCGACGGCGCCAAGGGGACAUCCGACGAGGUCCGCGAGGAGGCAGGCGCCCCUGCAAAAGGAGAAGGCCGUCGAAGCGUCAAGUACGUGGGUGUGCCACUGAAGGACCUCCCCCAAGGCUCCUCGUUGUCCGAACACGACGUCCACCUUCUGCACAAAGCUCACCACGGCGACCCUUUCGGCGUCUUGGGCUGUCACGAAGUGAAAGGCGGGCAGAAGGAAAAGAUCCUCAUUGUCAGAGCCUGGAUUCGAAAUGCCAAGACCAUUCGUCUGAGGGCCCUUGAGUGCUCCGAGUGUGUGGUGGCCACUGAGGAGCCGGUGCCAAUGGAGAAACGCGCAGACUUCCUCUUCCAGAAGGCCUUCGUUGUCCACCGUCUCGCCUCAGAAAAGGAGACAGCGUCGUCGCCCUGUAAGGCGACCCAGUCGAAGCCUGGGGAGAUCCUGGAGAGUGACGACUCUCCUGUGACAUUCAAGUAUGAGCUCCUCUGUGUAUACGAGGGAGACGAGACGAACGAGGAACGCGUCGCCCACGACACUUACAACUUCGGCGUCCUUCUUCCGCGCUUUGACCUCGAACUUUUCCAGUCUGGUUCAUGUUGGCAUGUCGACAACUUGAUGGGUUCACACAUGUUGACGGUGGAAGGCAUUCGCGGCGUCCGCUUCGCAGUGUGGGCGCCGAGCGCCUGCUUCGUGAGCGUUGUGGGAGACUGGAACGCCUGGGAUGGCCGCGCACACCCGAUGAGGCGAAGAGUCGAAUUCGGCGUUUGGGAGCUGUUCGUGCCUGACAUCGGCGCAGGCGAAAAGUACGGCUACCGCAUCCACACACGAGGCGGCCUCGACGUCAUCAAAAUCGACCCAUAUGCACAAGAGUUCGAAAUCCCACCCAAAACCGCGAGCAUCAUCAGUGCAUGCGAUGACGCAUUUCGCAAGCCGGAGGAGCGCUUCGUGUGGAAUGACCAGGCGUGGAUGUCUCGGAGGAAGCAGUUGGGGGAAGAAGAUCUUCUUCGCAGACAACCCAUGGCGAUAUACGAAGUGCAUCUCCCUAGCUGGAUGCGUGGCGACAACAACACUUACCUUUCUUAUCGAGAACUCGCAGACCGGCUCGUGCGCCAUGUGAAAACCAUGAACUUCACACACGUAGAGUUCCUGCCUCUCGCUCACCAUCCCUUCGAAGGCUCUUGGGGGUACCAGGUCACAGGUUUAUACGCGCCCUACAGUCGCCUCGGAAGUCCCGACGACUUCAAGUACCUCGUGGACAAGCUGCAUCAGAGCGGGAUCGGCGUCUUCCUCGAUUUCGUCCCCGCACAUUUUUGCAAAGACUCCUGGGGCUUGGCUCGCUAUGACGGAGAGCCCUGCUAUGAAUAUGCAGACCCUCGUGAAGGCGAACAUAAAAUGUGGGGAACUCUCGUCUUCAACUUUCGGCGAAGCGAAGUUCGCUCUUUUCUGUUGGGAGCUGCGUACCACUGGCUGCGGCGCUACCACAUAGACGGCCUGCGCAUCGACGCCGUCUCUUCGAUGCUGUACAAAAACCACCAGAGAGAGCCGGGCGACUGGCUGCCGAACGAGUUCGGCGGAGACGCGAAUCUGCAGGCCAUGUCUCUCCUCCAAGAGCUCAACUGGGUCGUCCACCAAGAGUUUCCGGGCGUCUUCACGAUGGCUGAAGAGAGCACCAGCUGGCAAGGCGUCACUGACAAGGAAAAAGGCCUCGGCUUCGACGCCAAAUGGGAUCUUGGAUGGAUGAACGACACGCUGAGCUACUUGUGUCUGCCUCUCUACAAGAGACCAGAGCCAGCUUGUCACAACAAACUGACUUUCCGAGGGCUGUACAUGGCACACGAAAAGUGGAUUCUCCCGCUGUCGCACGACGAGGUGGUCAGCGGAAAGGGCUCUCUGCUGGACAAGUGCGGUUUUGCAGGCAGUCCGUUUGAAGAUCGAAUCAAAACGCUGAAGACACUGUUCGGGUACCAGGUUGGAUCCCCCGGCCGACCCCUCAUCUUCAUGGGCGCCGAAAUCGGACAAGGAAGAGAGUGGAAAGACAACAGGUCUGUUGACUGGCACGAAGGCGAAGAAGAACUUCGAAAGAAACUGUGCAUUUGGGUUUCCGACCUCUUGGCGGUAUACGUCCAUCACAAGGCGCUGCAUGCGGGAGACGACGAGCCGUGGAACUUCAAGUGGACCGACUGCGACAAUAGCAAAGACUGUGUUAUUGCCUUCCUCCGAUCCUACAUGGACUGGUACAACGACAUCCUGGUUGUUUGUAACUUCUCGCCGAAUGUCUAUUACCGCUACCCUAUCGGAGUCCCGCACGGUGGAGAGUGGGAGGUCAUCUUGAACUCUGACGACUGGAGAUACGCGGGCGGCAUGGUCGGUCCGGGAAAUCUUUCGCGAGUCCACACCACUCAAGGCGGACGACUUGGCUGGCCGUACUGCCUAUGGCUCGAUCUUCCUCCAUUCGGUUGCCUGUACAUCAAGAGUCCACAGCCUCAGCCGGAGGUGAAAGGGCUGGAUUCUGCGGAGAAAAAGAAAGUUGCGAAGGAGGACCCACCCGCGAACACGAAUGGCGAUAUAGGAAAAACCGACAAGCGGACAGAAAAGUUGAACGGCGCGGAAGAAGAGAGAACGGCUGUGGAUAGCGGCAACGGCAACCUGGAAGCAUCAUGAGUGAAGGCGCGUGAAAACCCGUUCAUCGUCUCUUGUUUCGCAUGGUUUUUCGGAGGUCUGUGUCUGCGACCAGAGCUCUUCUGAAGGGUUUCAUGGUUAUUCUCAGACCAAAUCACGGCAUAUUAGAUAACCGCUCAAAUUUUACCGGGGAAGGAUCAGCCUGUGUAAGACGGCAGUACCUCAUAGUUGGGUCUCGCUCACUAUUUCAGUUCGUCGUGCUGCCACAGGAGCCCAUAGGGCGGGGCAAGGGCUGUGGACGUAGCCACACGCGUCAACGCCCUACAGGAAACGCAUUGCUUCGCUUCACCGCGACAGGCUGGGUCUCGCAGUUUUAUGUUCCGGAAAAGCGGUAACAUACCGACGAGCCAAUAUCAGAGGUCUAAUGACACAGCACCGGUGUAGAGGUCACCAUUAGGACCACUGCGCCAGCCUCUCGAUGUACCACGACAGUGGAUUCUCCCCUUUUGACUCGAGUGGAGACCGUGCACUCCAAAGGAAAAACAGGCCACGCGAGUCGACUUUUUCGCCUUUGGAAACAGCAUUCAGAAACAAAAGGCUUCGAUAACAAAACAGGAGACGCCGACGACCGCAGCGCAAUUGCCUUCCGUAUACUAGUAUGUGUGCAUGUUUGUCCAUCGAAAAGGUGAACACGAGCAGGAGGGAAGAGGAGAAAAGAUCGAGCAAGACGUUCUGAAUGAAUACCCGGAUCGCGACUCGUUUUCUUCAAUUUGCUUAGUGUUCUGGUGCUGCGUGACUUUUGAGGGGACAGCUCCUUGGCCGCCGCUCAGAGCGUCGUCUCUUUUUGUGUAUGUGUAGAUCUGUAUACCGUGCGUCGCUGUUCCAAAGAAAGGCAGACUUCUGCGCAUUUCCUUGGAGUACAUAAGAUGUGUCUUCUCGGCCCGCACCGUGCAUCUGCCCACAAUCUGAGGUACUCCCGUUCACCGCCAGCGGUUUAGGGUGUGGUAGUGGACCCGUGUGCCGAGACUGAGGGAAAACAGUCUGCAACAUAUACUGUGUCCAGAAAUAUGGAUGUACACUCGAAGCGCACUUGAG